AUGUCUGAACAGUCUCUUACGGUCUUGCCAAGCAGAGCUAGAGUCUAUGCAGAUAUUAAUACAAACCGACCCAGAGAAUAUUGGGAUUAUGAAUCCUAUGAGGUGCAAUGGGGCAAUCUACGUGACUAUGAACUGGGUAAAAGAAUUGGCUCUGGAAGCUAUAGUAAAGUUUUUGAAGCUGUCAAAAUUGAAACAAAUGAAAAGUUUGCUAUGAAAAUCCUCAGCCCAAUCCUAGAGGAACAAGUCAAGUGUGAAAUAAAGAUUUUGGAGAAUUUGCGAAAUGGCCCCAACAUCAUAAAUCUGACAGCUGUUGUGAGAAAUCCUGCCUCAGGUACCCCCGGCUUGGUCUUUGAAUACAUAAACAAUUUCGAUCAUACGUACUUGUACCCAAGAUUAACAGGCUAUGAUAUACGGUAUUACACAUACGAGAUUCUGAAAGCUUUGGAUUACUGUCAUAGCAUGGGAAUCAUGCACCGAGACCUCAAACCCGAAAACAUCUUGAUUGAUCACGAGCAAAGAAAGCUGAGGUUAAUUGACUGGGGAAUGUCACAAUUUUAUCAUCCUGGCGAAGUCUAUAAUUCUAAUGUAGUUACCCGAUAUUUCAAAGGCCCUGAACUGCUGGCAGCGUAUGAGAUGUAUGACUACAGUUUGGAUAUGUGGAGCCUGGGGUGCAUCCUGGCAGGCAUGAUCUUUCAGAAAGACCCAUUUUUUCAUGGUCGUAAUAACGAAGACCAGCUCCUGAAGAUAGUCACCACUCUUGGAACAGGUCGCUUUUAUGAGUAUCUUGACAAAUACAAUAUCAAGUUAAGUAACCGUCUCCUGCGGACUUUGGGCAGGCACGCCCGCAUUGAUUGGUUUCACUUCAUUAGCAAUGAAAAUAGCCACCUUGUUAAUACAGAAGCCUUUGAUCUCCUGGAUAAGGUGCUCCAGUACGACCCUCAGUAUAGGCUUACUGCCAAAGAGGCCAUGGAGCAUCCCUAUUUCUCAGAUGUCGUGAAGAACCAGGCUAAAGGAUCUGGUAAAUCUCAAGUUCCAGAGAGCACUACACCUGCCGUCAGUGACCCUGCUGAGCCAGAGCCUUCUUUAGCACCAGGGCCUUCAACCUCUGAGCCCGUGGCUGGUACACCAGUACUUGAGGUCUCGUUAGCCCCUGAGACUUCCAUAGCCCCUGAGAUCUCCGUAGCCCCUGAGCUCUCCAUAGCCCCUGAGAUCUCCAUAGCCCCUGAGAUCUCCAUAGCCCCUGAGACUUCCAUAGCCCCUGAGACUUCCAUAGCCCCUGAGACUUCCAUAGCCCCUGAGACCUCCAUAGCUCCUGAGACCUCCAUAGCCCCUGAGACUUCCAUAGCACCUGAGAUCUCCAUAGCCACUGACACUUCCAUAGGCCCUGAGAAUUCUGCUUCAUCUAUAUCCAAAAUGCAGAAUUAA